GACAUCAAUUGCUUCCAACAACAAUUACAACCAAAACAGACAUUCGAAAAACAAAUAUUUCCCUGAUUCAUGACCCCCUUUAAAUUGGCUAUAUAAACGCAAUUACCGCUGGCAUCCGAUAACAGUUUAAUUAAAAUUUAAAUACAAACGUCAGUAUGUUAUGUAAAUAUUUAACAACAAUUUUCUUUGGCAUUUGUCUGUUGAUGUCUGCGGCAAAUGCAACAAACCCUAUACCCGACAAAGUAUCACCAAUAUUGGCAUCAUGUGGUUCACCAACGCAGCAAAUGGUUAGGUGUAUUAAUCAAUGGGCCUGCCAGCAAGCUAUACGUUUGGAUCUAAGAUGUUUAUUAAACCUCAACGGAAUACCACUAUUGGGAGGAUUACUCGGCGGCGAGGGAGGUUUGCUUAGUGGUCUGACUGGUGGAUCGGGCGGCGGUGGUGGCGGAGCCGGAAAUAUUGUUAGCGGUCUUCUCGGACGUUAAACAUACAGUUUAAUCGCUUUCCAUAUUACCGCAUUACAAAUUCUAAAUGUCCAACAAAAAAUACAAAUUACUAUUAUGCACUCAGAAAGGAUAAUAUUCCAUGCACCCAGUAGAUUUCAUUGCCAAUUGUUCACACAUACACACACAAAUAGUAUCAAUAGCCAUUAAAGUCCGUUAUAUUACAUUUUUUUAUAUUGUUGUAACUUUAAUUUUCAUUAAUUAACAAUACAUUUAUGAUUUUUAUCCACUGAA